GAAUUAUUCAAUAGGGAUGACAAGUCAAGUAAUAAAUUUGGAUGAAUCUAAGAGCGAUAAAGACGAAUUCACCUGAGACUUUAGAGGGUGAGGCAAAAACUUCAGCUGCAAGAAGACCUUGAAGGAUCACUACAGAAUUCACACUGGAGAAAGACCUUAUCAAUGCGCAUUAUGUGGCCAAACUUUUUCACAAUACAGUAGCCUUCAAAAGCAUGGGAGAGUUCAUGAUAAGAAGAAGCCUUAUAAGUGAGAUUACAAGAACUGAGGAAAAGCUUUCAGUCAAGUCUCUAACCUAAUCCGGCAUAAGCGUAUUCACACAGGAGAAAAACCAUAUAAAUGAAAGUUCUGCCCGAAGACCUUUGCAAGUGGGUCAAACUUGAAACAGCACGAACAGACACAUGAAAGUUCUACAAUUCGUGAGACUUAUCAAUGAAAAUUUUGACCUAACACAACUUCUAAAGAAUAUUACUACUACUCCAGUCUUCGAAAGCACUAUCAAGCUUACCACAAGGCUGAGCUUAAAAAGCUGAAAUCUACUAUGGAUCCAGACGAUGUUGUCAAAAGUAGAAAAAUAGGUGCAGUAUUUUUAAUAGAAUCUUUUUACAGGAAAGCAUUGGACCCUAAUAAUAGAAAGAAAAUAAACAAUAAGUCCUCUUUGAUGUACAUGAACCAUGUUCAGGAAAAUAAUGACAUCCCAGCCAAGAAUACUGAAAAUGGGGUUCCUGCUGAGAUUCCAAAGAGUUGCUCAAAUGUCUCACAUAGUUGUGGUUGAAAAGAUCCAGCCACCAAACUGAAAGAGAGCGGGGCUAAUGAUCAAAAUUCUGCCUUUACAGCAACCUGAUGUUCUCUGAAGCCUAAAAACACUCUCUCUAGAAAGAUGAGUCAAAAGCUCAAGAUGCAGUCGAGUUCUGGAUUUCGAAAAGGAGCAUCGAUGUCUGAGAAAUCUAUGAAGAAUUGAAACAGCUUUAAUAGUAUCACACAGCAUUUGAUUAAUAACCCUAAUGCUGUGCAACCUUAUGCUGGCCAAGCAAACGAUAAUUUCUUUGCCAUGGAAUCUGAUAACACUGGAGGAGCUCCUAAAGUAGAGUACAAAAAGAAGGAGGAUGAGUUCUCUGAGAACAACAAACUGAACAUAUUCACCAUGUCUAAAACAGGCAUUAAUAUCUCUAAAAAGUCGGUUGGCCAGGGUCUGAAGUCGAUUUCGCCCUUUUCUUCGGUAGAUGAGGGAAAAGAUUCAUCAAAAAAUAAUAUAGAUAAAAAUGGUAUGUACAAACCUAAGCCUCAGAUUAAGAUUAGUUAUGAAGAAGAACCUAGUCCCUCCAUCGCCAUGCCUCAUCCUUUGAUAAAGCAGCCUCCCAAGCUUCCGGCUCUUCCAAAAGACUUGAAGAAUAUGAAGCUCAGUUUUGAGAAUCAGAAGCCGAAGUGGGAUAGGAUUAAUAACUUACUUAACGGUCCAAUGAGGUCUCAAAUACCGACAGAUGUCCUGCUAAGCCUCCCGUGAAUUAAGGAGAGUAUUAAUUUCGGAACAAACAAAAACACCAUUAACGAUUUCGAAUUAAUGGUAGAGACUAACACUAGUACUAAACAAUGAAGACAGCUCUGCGGUAACGGCAACGUCUGUCCUGAAUUAUUACCAGUAAUGUGAGACACUUAUAAAAUGAACCAAUGUACUUGCACUAACGUUUGAAAGAAGAAAGUGAGAUUUCUGAAAUCCGAAAAUUAA